UGGCCGCCGUGGACUGACUGUCAGGUUUGUUGUACAACCGUUUUUAAUUGUCACGAUAAAGCUGAAUUUAAUCAUUAAUGUUUAGUAUUAGGUUAAUAAUGCCCUUCUAAUAUACAGUGAGAGACAUAUUAAGAGAUACACGACCAACAAGUAGGUUAAAUAUAUGCGCACCAGUACAGUCUCAUUGGAAAACAAUACGAAUGCAUGGAAAAUAGAAAAAGUCAUCGUCUUUACGCGGACUCCAAUAUGUUUACAGAAUGUUUAAAUGUGAAUUGUGUUCCAGCUGUGUUCACGUACUGUACAGGUUUUGCAUCCAUAUAAUCUGGAGCCUGCCUACCCUAAAAUUAUCCACGUUUUAAUUUAAUUUAGUUUGCUUUAAAUCCGAGCACUCAUGUUUGCAUCUGUCAAGUUAUUGUUUGGUUUUGAUUUGUUUAGCGCAAUAUUUUUAGAUUUUAAUAAGUCAGACAUCCACUCAGUUUAGGAUUCCAGCAGCCGCUGGUGCACGAGCAAGAUUUGGAACAAAUGUUACUGUUUUGGCCCUGAGGUAGGGAUACAUUUUUCCUAAAAAGCUAUUAGUUUUAAACCCAUUUUGAAUUUGAAAAUCCAUUAACACAGUCUUUAAUACAGUAAUCCACAUUUACAAGAUGUAGGCAACCAGCAGGAAACGUGGGCAAUACCUGCUUUGGAAACUACUUUGAGGACAAGGGUAAUGCAGAAAUUGACCUUAACCGGUUCAGGAGAUAAUCAGUGAUCCAGCAGAUGUUGUCAAGCCUAAAGAAGAACCUAGUGACUUAUGGUUAGAUGAAGUUCAAGAUGGCUGACACAAAAGAAAUCAUAAACCAGGCAUAUCAGAUUGAAAAACACCUUGAUGAAAGUGACUAUCAAGAUAUCAAGCAUGUUCUGGAUAGCUUAGAAGACAUUAUUGUGACUUUUGAGCUGCUUCAGGAAACAAACAUUAUAAAAGCCCUGUACAGGGUCCUUAAAACCUGCCCUGAGGUUUCUGUGAAAAACAAAGCCAAGUGUUUACUGACAAAAUGGAAGAUACUAUAUAAAAAUCAUUGUCACCAGCCCACUGGACAGCAGGAAGGAAGUGCUGGCAAUAGGAAAGGAGGCUUUCAAGAUCUGGAUAAAACUACAGAUGAGUGGUCAACGCAGCAUCAGUUGGAUCAAAACGAGACAAGUGCCUUCAGUAAUUAUGAAAUGCAAAAUAUUAAUAUCCUUGAAGAAAACUGUAAAAUUGGUCAGUUUUAUAUGAUUUCAGAAGAAAAGCUUCAACACGAUACGAGUGAGAUAUGUGCAGAUGCUGUGUGUAAAUUAACAAAUAAAGAUAUUAAAACAGAUAAUCUUUCUGUUGCACCAACUCCAGAUCAGCAGAGUUCAAUAGACACCUCUAGUGACACUGAAGUUGCCAAGCCUAGCCUCGAAAACCCUCAGGCUAACAUUAUAUCUGCCAGAUCGAAAUGUACCAAACUACUCUCGCAAACUCUUAUUUCCGAAGAGACUACAGAACUGGAGGCUCAAAAAUGCCAUGAAGUGGCAGAGAAUAUUGAAGAAAACAUUUUUGUCCUCCAUGGCAAAAAUAUCAAGAAGUAUAAGGCUAGCAUAAGAAGCAAGGUUUCUAACUUGAGGAACCCCAAAACUUCUCACUUGCGUCAAAGCUUGCUGUGUGGGCAGUUGAGCCCCAAAACAUUUGCUGAGAUGUCCGCAAUGGAAAUGGCAAGCAAUGAACUGAAGCAUCUCAGAGCAUUGUACACAGAGUCCGCCAUUAAUGAACACCAGCUCCCUCAGGGGGUGGAAGGGACGAAGACAAAGAAAAUAAAGUGCAGGCGCUGUGAGAAGUUUGACUGCACAGUGACAGUCAUUGCCAGAGGAACACUUUUCCUUCCAGGCUGGGUAAGGAGUGGAAACCCAGAUGAAGAGAUGAUGACAUUUGUCACUUGCAAUGAAUGUGGGGAGAAAUGGUACAACAGUAGAUGGGUUUGUUUCUAAUCAUUGAUGAAACUUUAAAAAAAAAAACAGUGAUAAUGUGGUAGUGCUGGGACGAACACAGGAUUUUCUUGUUCAGAUAUUU